AUGGACAUAAUUGGAUCGUACUGUGCAGCCGAUGCUGAAGAUUGCAUAGAUCAAUAUACGAAGCUCUUUGAAAAGGAGGUUCUUCAGAAAUGUGGAAAAGGCUCACGAGCAAGCGAAUGUGUCAGGAUUGCCGCUCCUCUCAGAUUUGGGGCCUAUUGUUACGGAAUUAAGAAGUUCGGGAGUAUAGCUUAUGAAAAGGUGAUGGAUUUCUAUAAACACGAAUCAGUCCACGUUGAGCAAUCGAAUCUUCUACGUGCUCUUGGUUGCAGUGACAAUAAAGCAGUCCUGAGGGGUGUUUUGGAAAUGGCACUGGAGCAGAAAGUGAUUCGUCUUCAAGAUAUCUCAUCUGCUUUUCACGUAGUUGCGAGAAAUCCUCUUGCCAGUGACUUCAUGCUGAGCUUUCUUUUUGAGAACUGGGGACGAAUAUAUGCGAGGUUUGCUCUUUUUCUUGCCCUUCUAAGUUGGAAGUUUGGUGAACAGAAGGAAGCUGUAUCCUCGCUUAGAAAAGUGCUUAAAUUAAUUGCAUAG